GCUAUUAGCUCUAGCAAGCUCUAAGCUUUUAUAGCCAUAAAGUUUAUUCUAAAUUAAACAGAGACAAGAUCUUAUUUUUGUCCAGUUUUGUCACAAGUGGUGAUUUGUUCAUUUUUUCAUUGUUUUAUUUUUUGACUUUUGUUUUUUUCAACUUUUUUAUACCAUCAUGACCCACACAAUUGUUCUAAUGCAACCAAAAGGACAUGAAACUCGUAAAUACAUGGAUUACGAGAGUGUCGAUGAUGCAAUGGAAGGUAUUUGUAGCCAUUUUGAACAGCAUCUCAAGGAACAAAUGAGUGAAGAUGCUCCUUCUAUCAGUUAUAGUAUUUCUCAAUUAUUUGAUUAUAUCGAUCAAGCCACUGACCUGGUAUGUUUGGUCUAUCAACGGAGUGAGGAAAGUUAUGCUCCCAAAGCUAAGGAUUGGAUAAAAGAAAAACUCUACGUAUUCUUCCGUGAACAAGAUACGCAAAAGAGUAAUCCUGCUCCAAAUUAAUUAACUUUUCUUCCAUGUUUUUUCAAAAAUCAUUCAACAUUUCAAUGUAUCUCAAAUUUUUCUAUCUUUUUUUCCUCUGAUAAUAGUCUUACAUCAAAUAAAAAAAAUUAUUACACAUUACACUAGUUUAUUUG